AUGGACGAGAAGCGUUCAUCCGGUGCCACUGGUAGCAGAGUCAGUGCUAUCCCCAGACCGACGUCACGGCUCCCUGUGCCUCGAUCGAGUAUUGCCAAUCUGUCGGCUACCUCUUCUAUCCCUCAAGUACAACAGCCUACUGAACCGACGCGCGGACGUCCUACGCAACCGGUAAACGCGAGUAACGUUCGAAAUCCCCGGUUACGCGCGACACCUUCAAGGGAACAGAUCAGUGCACCUUCAACAGUACGCAGAACUCAGCGGUCAGCUGCACCACCCGUAAGCUCACAGCCCAAUCGUCGGGAUCUGGGUGCUGGGAGUCGUAGCGUGUCCCGUGGACCUGGACACGUUGCUGGAAAAGAUAGUCGAGAUAUCCGGGACGACCCUUUCAAGAAACCCUCAGUACCCCGCCGACGACCUUCGACUCAAUUUACUCUUGCCUCGCCUACGCCAUCGAGCCAAGGGGCAUUGUCACCUGAAGAAGAUGACGAUGAAGUGGCUGUCGAAUCACUUCCGCUAUUGCCAAGGUCUUCCGACGAGGAUGUUACAUUCGAUACUCUUAUGUCGAAACCAAGGAAGCCUCGCCCAUCACUUUCAGAGAGGACAAUUGAAACGCUUUCGCAGUUACCAUCAUCCCCUGCUUUCAAACGACGUGGCAGCGACUUCUUUGGGGUAGAUAGACCUCAAUCUAAGGGCAGUGUUGGGUCAAGAUCGAGAGCAGGCUCAAGACCUGGCUCUAGCUACCAGUCCGAUGGUUCAACUAUACGCUCGGCCAGAUCAUUAAGUCGGCCAGGAUCUAGCACAGGCCAAGUGGACAACCACUAUCCUAACUUUCGAGCCUCCACCAACACCUACAAGCCACCCCUAUCAACUGUUAUGGGAACUCCAACAAAGAGAGCGUCUGCUAUCGGGUCCAAGACCCCCCGGCCUAGCCUAAGCAAAGUUCCCUCUCGAUCGUCAUUAUCAGCUUCGGUAGGCCCCUCUACACCGAGCCCAGUCAAGCAUUUCGAUCCUUCCGUCUCCAAACUCGGAUCGAAGACGGUUUCUUCCCGUCCUCUGAAACCGAGGGCCUCGAUGAACAAUCUAUAUAGACAACCAUCUUUACCGUCUUUGGACAAAUCGAUCUCGGAUGUACCCGCUAGUUAUCGCAAAACUUCGCUUGUGUCUGCCAAGUCCUCCAGUACAUCUGGUGAUGGCCGCAAUCUUUCAAGUGCCUCCACUGCUUCUACGGCGCUGACAGUGGAUUCCAUUGAGGAAGCGUCUGCCUCCACGAUAAGAAAGUCGUCUACUGCGCUGCGGGAUCAGAUCGCAAAGGCGAAAGCCGCAAAGCGGGCUGCGUCGCGGCAGGUCCCAGCGGCUAAGGCACCUGGAGCUGAGGAAGCCCCUGUCGUUCCUACAGACACAACGUUUGAUUUUGGGUUGUCCGAUGACCCCUUCGGCCAACGUACGUUCGAGAGUGCGAACCGCAAAGCCAUGCAAUCCCGAAUUGAUACUGCGAGAACUACUGGGAGGCUUAACAUUGCAGCCAUGGGUCUUAAGAAAAUCCCGACGGAAGUUUUGAAGAUGUACGAUUUAGAGUCCAUAGAUGGUCCUGGCAGUGCAUGGGCCGAGAGUGUGGAUCUGACGAGGUUCGUAGCAGCCGACAACGAGUUAGAGACAAUCGACGACGCUAUCUUCCCAGACUCCGAUCCGAAUGAUUUUUCGAACGAAGAGGAAUGUGAAGGGCAGAUAUUCGGGGGGCUAGAGUCCUUAGACUUGCAUGGUAACAUGCUAAUAGCUUUACCUAUGGGCCUGAGGCGUCUUCAGUUACUCACUUCGUUGAACUUGGCGUCGAAUAAGCUUACAAAUAACUCCCUUGAGGUGAUCUCGCAAUUAACUACAGUCCGAGAUUUGAAGCUCGGCAAUAACCUUCUUUAUGGUCGCAUGGAGGAGAACUAUUUUGCCAACCUGCAGAAUCUCGAGAUUCUUGAUCUACAUGGCAACAACAUCUCAUCACUCCCAGACGGCAUCGAAAGGCUAGUACGCCUCCGUAUGCUUAACCUAAACGAGAAUGCUUUUGAAACCUUGCCAUUUGGGAGUCUCUCGAAGUUACCCCUUACUGAAUUGCUGGCUCGCAAGAACAAGCUUUCGGGAACACUUAUCGGUCCCGGUGUAGAAAGCUUCCCGCAGCUUCAAAUCCUCGACGUGGCAGCUAACCAGAUACAAUCAAUUGUGGAUAGCGCUCAGUCUUUGAAAUUGCCAUCGCUCCAUCAAUUUACUAUAUCUCUAAAUCGUGUCACAUCCCUCCCUGAUGUGAGCUCUUGGACCAGUCUCCUCACCAUCAAUGCGGAUGAAAACAGCAUCACUGCCUUUCCAGAAGGCUUCACAAGUCUUCGAAACUUGCGCCACAUUGAUUUCACAAGCAAUGACAUUCGAGUCAUCCCUCCUGAAGUGUCCCAGAUGGACAGUCUCGCAAUGCUGCGAAUCACUGGCAACCCUCUAAGGGAUAGGAAGUUCACGUCACUCACAACAGAGGAACUAAAAGAUGUACUGGCCGCACGGAUGGAGCCGGCGCCCCAACCUGAAACGGGCGGAAUGGCGCAAAUCGAAAACGGAUUUCCAGCUGCUCCACCUACAAAUAGCAGUGCGAGUUUAGUCGCGCCUGUAAGCGGUGACGACGACGACGAGGGGCGCUUGACGGAUUUCGACGACUUCGCUACACCGCCGACCUCGGCGCCUCCUUCUCCGGCCCGCUCCCGAUCUCACACGUUGACUAGUCAGUCGUGGCCUAUGAAGCCAGGCGGCCUUCUUGAUCGGUCGGAUACACAAUCAUCUAGCUUACAUCCGGUUAUAUGCUCCAAGAUUGCCGCUGCACAUACUGUGCGUGAAGUACGCCUCCAGCAAAACACUUUCACACAGUUUCCGAACUCGUUGUCCUUUUUCACGGAUACCAUUACAUCCCUGUCAAUGGCACAAAACCAGCUCACAGGCGAAAGCUGGUUAACUGAGCCGAUUGAUCUUACGGCUCUCCGAGAGCUUUCUCUGGCUUCAAAUUUCAUCACUAGCCUUACGCCACUCACGACGAAUCUGUGUGCACCAAAUCUGGAAAAGGCAGACUUCUCGUUUAACAGGAUAGUAAAACUCCCCGUCUUGCGGGAGUUUUUCCCAAGCCUCACCAUUUUGCUUGUUUCAAACAACCGUUUGGAGGAGCUUGAACCUGAGUCCAUCAAGGGCAUGAAGGUAGUUGAUGCUAGCAAUAACGAAAUAGCACAUUUGAAUCCUCGCAUCGGCCUCCUUGGAGGCACGGGCAGCCUUGAGAAGCUGGAGGUUACUGGAAACCGCUUCAGAGUUCCUAGGUGGAAUGUUCUGGAGCGAGGGACCGAUGCAACGCUCCGGUGGCUCAGGGGCCGUGUCCCGGUUGCUGAGAUGGCAGAGUGGAAGGCAAAAUCGGGUGAAGGUGAAGAGGAUAGUUUUAACGAGGUUGAUUGAUAAUAACUUAAUAGACUAGCGCUGGCAUCUGAAAGCCACUGUACUUCUGGUCGAGGCGUCUUCGGUGGUCAUGAUGCGAUACCCCGUCGGCAUAUUACAUGCCAUGAUAUAGAUACCAGGUUCCGUUCGCACGAAAUUAUAAGGGAGUUGGUUGAAUUGGGGGUUUGAGAAUGCAUACUCGUCACGGAGUUUGUGGGAAAAGGGGGCAAGCUUAUGAUAAAAACAAAAACCAGUCAUACGUACUAUUAAUAUUUGAAUGUAUGAAUAAAAGGUGCAGCUUUGCAUUACGAUUUGUGUGAGAAUUUUUCAAUCGGUAUAUAACAUGUUUAGGUUUGAAAAGCGUGUAUAUG